AUGGAGCCACGACAUGAAAAUAUGCAGAAAGUUCAGGAAGUCGACCACUUCGGUUUCGAUCCCGCUUCGCCAACUGUGCGCACAAAAGACCGAAAGAAAGAAAAGAAUGGUAUUUGUGGUCCCGAUACCCGCGAAAUUCGAAAUCUUAGCUACGAAAUGGGUAUAAAGCUGUCUUUUCAAGAAACUGAGUCCCACAGUGGGCCGAAAUCCCACGUUCGCAAAGAAAACUAUUCCAGCACUUCUUUCAAGCUUCCAGACAAAAGCGAUAACUGGGCAACGAAUGACUUUUGGGGCUUUGAUCCAGCCGAGAGGCCAACUCAGAGGUCCGCUACUUCGAGGUCGGUACGAGCGCAGCACAAUCGUGAUGAUAAGGAUACCAGAGGGAUGAGGAUUCAAUAA